CACACGUUCUUGUUUGCCUUAUCCUUAAGCUAGCUCUCUUCGGUCUUCACUCUUUGUUACAUUCCCUCCAAACAAAACAACAACCACACUGAAUUUACCCAUUUUCAUUGCCACCACCGCACCCCUCUUUUUCAGUGAUCAUCAUCACGUUCAUGGCUAGCAAACUAGCCUUCACAUUAACACCCCCUCGUCAAUGCACUGUACCCACUCCAACACCAUUGAUUCCAAUCUCUUCCUUUUCCUCUGGUGUCCACCUUAUUCAGUUCAAUGGUCGCCACUUAUGCCUUCGACGGAGGCUAUUUCUACUUUCCCCUAAGGCCACCGCUGAUCAACAAGGCAAGGUUGAAGAGUUUGAAGAGGAUGCUGUUGUUGAUAGUAAAAUUCUCCCAUAUUGUAACAUAGAUAAAAAAGAGAAGAAAUCAGUUGGUGAACUUGAGCAAGAAUUUCUUCAAGCACUGCAAGCAUUCUAUUAUGAAGGAAAAGCUAUCAUGUCAAAUGAGGAAUUUGAUAAUCUCAAGGAAGAACUCAUGUGGGAAGGAAGCAGUGUUGUCAUGCUAAGUUCUGAUGAACAGAAGUUUCUGGAAGCUUCUAUGGCUUAUGUAUCUGGAAAACCAAUUAUGAGUGACAAAGAGUAUGAUGAUUUGAAACUGAAGCUAAAGAUGGAAGGUAGUGAUAUUGUGGUUGAGGGUCCAAGGUGCAGUCUUCGUAGUAGAAAGGUUUACAGUGACCUGUCCGUUGACUAUUUAAAGAUGUUCCUGCUGAACGUCCCUGCUACUGUGGUUGCAUUAGGAUUGUUCUUCUUCCUUGAUGAUUUGACUGGAUUUGAGAUCACAUAUCUGCUAGAGCUGCCGGAGCCUUUUAGUUUCAUUUUCACUUGGUUUGCUGCUGUUCCCCUCAUUGUGUGGCUAGCUCUGUCAAUAACAAGAGCCAUUAUAAAAGAUUUUUUGAUUUUAAAGGGUUCCUGUCCAAACUGUGGUACUGAAAAUACCUCCUUCUUUGGGACUAUACUGUCAAUUUCAAGUGGUGGUUCCAGCAACACUGUCAAAUGCUCUGGCUGUGGCACUGAAAUGGUAUAUGAUUCAACUACAAGACUGAUUACAUUACCAGAAUGAAGUAGCGCCUAACUGGAGACAGAUAUGCCUGAGACCAUGUUCGUAUUCCAGCAAUGGGAGAUCAGUGACCGGCGUUUCUUGUGAAAGUGACUAAUUUAUCAAUUAGCAAAUUGUCAUGUUCGUCCGCAAAAGGUCAUGGAGUCAUGUUAUCAAUGUCGCAAACAAUUAGUGUGAUCUCAAUCAUUUGUAUGUGCCACCAUCCUACUUGUAAGUAAUAUGGAUUUUGUAUAGCAUAUACACUGGAUUGUCCGCUAGAUGAGUUGAGUCAUGAGGAAGCUUAACACCUUGGGUGAGUCUAACCUAAAAUAACGUGUGUAAGUAUUUUUUAUUACACACUUUAGCAAACUUUUCCUUCCUGUCUACUACCGCGGCAAGAACAUUUACAUCCCCAAUAUCAUCAAGGACAAGAAAGAAAAUUGAC